GGAGGAAAAGCCAGAGCAGGAGGGAAGAUAGGAAUGCAGGAGCGCAGAUAUGCGCCAGCGCAUCUUCUCCAGCUUCAGCAAGCGGGUCUGGGGAUCCACAGCAGCCUGGAAGCCUAGCAGCAACCCCUGUAAGCGGGGAAGAGCGUCGGGAGAAUUUUGUGACCAGGGUCAUGAAGCCCCUGCAGGACUUUGGCUUUGGCAAGAUGUCCUUCAUGGAGGGCGGUGUCGGUCUCUUUGUCUUUGCUGGCGUAGGUCUUGCCAUUGUGCUCAUUAGCUGGGCCAGGGGGGGUCAGCUUGGCAGGCGAGGCAAGGGAUACCAGUGUGUGCUGGAGUUUCCACUGGCCUGCGGCAUAACAGUGGGGACGCCCGUGCGGAUCCGGGGUGUGCCCAUCGGCAGCGUCCUCAACCUCAAUGCCUCACUUGAGAAGGUGGAGGUACUGACAGAGGUCAAGAAGUCCACCACAGUGAUUCCUCGCAACUCCCACAUCGAGGCGAACCAGAGCGGUCUCAUAGCAGAGCCUCUGAUCGACAUCACCCCGCAGCUGCCCAUCCCAGACUACAAGGCGAGCCCCUUGGAUGCUGAGUGUGAAGCAGAGGGCAAGAUUGUCUGCCAUCAGGGGCACAUUAAGGGUCAUCCAGGUGUGGCGAUGGACGAUCUGGUGUACAUCUGCACAAAGAUUGCGCGCCAGAUGGAUGCGCAGGGCUUGGAUCGCAUCUUUGACGCGGCUGAGGCAGCCACCUCAGCGAUAGAGGAGGCGCGGCCGCUGCUGCAGCGCGUCGUGGAGCUUGUUGAUGAGGUCACGCCCUUGCUGUCAGAGCUGCGGGAAGGCAACAUGGUGAACAAUCUGGAGGAGCUCACGCGAUCGGCCUCGGACGCCGCUGCCGACAUCCACAGGCUACAGAAUGAGGUCUUGACAGAGGACAACGUGAAGGCCUUGCGAGAGUCUGUGCUGACUCUGACCAAGACCCUGGAACACAUCGAGGGCAUCACAGGCGACUUGGGGGGCUUCACUGGGGAUGCACGCAACAAGAGCAAUCUCAAGCAGCUCAUAGAAGCGUUGUCGCGAAUUGUCUCUGACUAG